AUGGCAAUAGCAAAAACAUUUAUAGCUCUUAACGUGCUGCGCAUGUUUUCAAUCAUAUCAUUACUCUUGGUAAUCGCAACAUGCAUAUUAGUUAAUGUUAAAGGAUUUCGAGACUUGGGCCGUAGCAACACAAUAUUUCAAUUCAUGAAUCGUUGCGUAUUUGCUAUAGGAUCCAUUAUUCUAAUAUUGACAGAAUUCGGUUGGCCUAGAAGAAUAUUUUAUUGGUUCCCGAUGCUUGAUGAAACCAAGUCUUGGACGUUUUUCGGUUUCGUACAAAUGGUGAUUGGAUCAUUGAUUCUCGGAUAUGAUAGUGGCAUAAAUAGUGAAUCAUUUUUAGGUCAAAGUCUAUUUGUCUUUAUUUUGGUUCCGGGUUGGUUUAUUUUUAUCACUGGGGUAAUUUAUCUGCUUCUUGGAUGCUUUGGUGGUGUCGAGCUUAGACAAAAACGUAAAUUGGGUGCAAAAGACGUUUCCUCCUCAUCAAAAUCAAGACCUCCUUCUUACACAGUAUAA